AUGAUUGGCUACUCUUUCUUGCCCCAAAGUUACACGUACGUGCCUUCAGCUUUUCAGCAGUCGUUUGCCGGCAGCAGUAAUUACCAUCAGUCCUUGGCGGAUGUGCUUCCUCAGUAUAAGAGUAGUGUUUCAGCUAGUAACUUGCCUGCUUCUGGAUACGGUGGUUUCGGCAAUAACUCGACCAUUCCUGGGAAUUACUCGUCUGGAACAAGUUUGAGUUAUGAUGAAGUCUUGAGUUCUCAGUAUAAAGAUAAUAGUAGUCACUUGCUCUCCCUUCAGCAAAAAGAAAACUCGGCAAUGUGGCUUCAUGGAAAUUCAAGAACAAUGCCAGCUGUCCCGGGCAGCACGUACUACAAUUACCAGACGCAAAAUCAGCAGCUUGGCGGGUUCAGGCAAGUCCAGCAGCAGUCACAGAAUUACUGGCCCUCAGGUAACCCGAACUUUUACCAAAUUCAGGCUGGGAUUUCUUUGGACCAGCAGCAGCAAAACCCUCGGGAUUUGUCGCUUGGAGGCUCCCAAGAACAACCCAAACAGUCCCAGAUUUUGCCCAACAACUACUUAUCCACCUUCUGGUUUUCCAGGGCAGCCCCAUUUUCGUUCCCCAUUGACGGGUGUAACUUUGCCAGUUUUUACUCUCAUCAAUGA